CUACUUUAAACGCCCAAGAAACCUCCUCCUUCCUCUCUCUAAAUUUCUCUCAAUUUUUUUUUCUUACAUUCAUUGAUUCAUCACAAAAUAGCAUUCAAAAAAUUCAAACAUAGCCCAGAAAGUUAACAUCCUAUGCAUCGGCAUCUCACGUUGGCCCCCUACACUGUGUUUCUUUACAGCUAUUUAUACGUACAAAUGCAUGAAGAGUCUUAAAGUUUGAUUGAAAAACAAAGAAUCAACAAGAAAAAACCGUUUUUAUUUUUCUGGAAAGUUGUUUACGAUGGACGCUUUGUGUUUAAAGGCGGGGAUUCAGGGAAUUGCGCCGCCAAUAUCCGUCACGGGUUAUGCGGGGAUGGAUGUUCUAACAAGCUAUCAUUCUCAGAUCAGUGCCAGCGGAAGACCAUCGGAGAAUAAGUCGGUGGCGGCGGCGGCAGUUCAGCGGAGGAAUUUUCCGUGGGGUUUUACUUUCAGGGACCCACUUAGAUCUCUUUGGACUGGAGGUAAAAAUCGGUGCGAGCCGGCGAUCGCGGUUGACGACGCCGUAUUGGUGGAGGAAAAGGAGGAGAUCAAAAUGAAAGAGAGAGAGAAAGAAGUGCAGAAUGGGAAUUGGGUUUUCAAGAUUUUGCAUGUUAGGUCCUUGUGGAAGGAAGUAGACGAGAGGGAGGGUAUAUUUGUUGAAGAAAAUGAGACCAAAUUGGAAGAAGAGGAUAAAAUUGGGGGGAUGGACGGAAAAUAUAAUGGUUACAGUGAGAAUGAGGAUUGCUGUGAAGAACAUGGAGAAUGUGAUGUAUGUGGGAUUGAUGGAGAAAAUGACAAUAAAAUUGAAUUUGAUAGAGAAUCGUUUUCAAAGAUGCUUCAAAAGGUGCCACUGGCUGAAGCUAGAUUAUAUGCUCAGAUGUCUUAUUUGGCAAAUUUAGCUUAUUCGAUAACCCAAAUUAAGCCAGGGAAUCUCCUGAGAUACCAUGGACUGCGCUUCGUAACAUCUUCAUUGGAGAAGAAAAAACAGGUAUUGAAAGCUGGGGAUGAGAAGGCGAUGGGGGCUGAAGCUAGUGAGGCAUUAGGAAAUAUAACCGUAAGCAAGGAGAAGAUGAAUGGGAGCAGAGUUAGCCCAUCUGCUACUUAUCAAAUUGCUGCCUCCGCUGCAUCAUAUUUACAUUCUCACACGAAGAGCAUUCUUGGCUUCAAGUCCUCAAAAUCUGCAUUGGGAGAAAAUUUGCUUGAAGAAAUAAAUGGACGAACGGACGAUGUCAAUAUGAUAAAUCAAGAUGUAGCUUCAUUAAUUGCAACCACUGAUUCAGUGACAGCAGUAGUUGCUGCAAAGGAGGAAGUAAAGCAGGCUGUUGCAGAUGAUCUAAGCUCAACUCGUGCAUCACCUUGUGAGUGGUUUGUAUGUGAUGAUGAUAAGAGUGCCACUAGAUUCUUUGUCAUUCAGGGAUCUGAAUCAAUGGCAUCGUGGCAAGCGAAUCUGCUCUUCGAGCCCGUUCAUUUUGAGGGAUUGGACGUGCUUGUACAUAGAGGUAUAUAUGAAGUUGCGAAGGGGAUGUAUGAGCAGAUGUUGCCUGAAGUUCGUGCUCAUCUAGAAUCUCAUGGAGAUCGGGCCACAUUCCGUUUCACGGGACACUCUCUUGGUGGAAGUUUAUCAUUGCUUUUGAAUCUCAUGUUUCUGAUAAGAGGCGAAGUGCCCGUUUCUUCAUUACUUCCUGUUAUAACUUUUGGUGCACCAUCAAUUAUGUGUGGAGGGGAUCGACUCCUACUCGACCUUGGAUUACCUCGAAGUCAUGUUCAGGCAAUUACAAUGCACAGAGAUAUUGUUCCUCGAGCUUUCUCUUGCAAUUAUCCUAAUCACGUAGUGAGGUUUCUCAAGGCUGUCAAUAAGAACUUCCGCAAUCAUCCAUGCCUUAAUAGCCAGAAGCUCUUAUAUGCUCCAAUGGGAGAGUUUUUACUUCUUCAGCCAGAUGAGAAUUUUUCUCCGAACCAUGAUCUUCUUCCUUCAGGACGUGGUCUUUAUCUGUUGAGUUGUCCGGUUUCAAAUGUCGUUGAGGCAGAGAAGCAGAUCCAAGCUGCUCGGGAAAUAUUUUUGAACUCACCACAUCCACUUGAGAUAUUAAGUGAUCACUCUGCAUAUGGUUCGAAAGGAUCCAUUAAAAGAGAUCACGACAUGAAGUCGUACUUCAACUCUGUUCGGAAUGUUAUCCAUCAAGAACUUGACUCCAUAAGAAAAGCCCAGAAAGAACAGCGCCGCAAAGUUUGGUGGUCACUUUUGGAACCAGUGGGAGUAAAUGGCGGUAUCUUCAUGAGUAGGCCUAUCGCAUCAGGUAAUAUGGGCCGGGGUCAGUUCCAUUUCUCUGGCGCAUUUCAGGCUGGGAGGGAGUCUUUGAAACGGUGUAGUCGGCUAGUUGCAUCUCAGCACAUGCAUUUGCUGGUUGUGCUCUUAUUGCCUGCCAAAUUGUUGAUAUUGAGGACAUAUAGCUUGAUCAGUAUUCAUUGAGCAAGCUAGCAUGGCAGCUCAGGGAGGUAAAUCGCAGGAUGUGCCCUUGUUGGCUCCCAAGUUCCCACAACUCAUUUGGACUCCUUCCGCAAAGAGAGCUCUCCUCACUGGGCGUUUGUUCACACCAAUGACUUCCUCUCCAUAUGGCUCCCAGUAUUAACUCCAGGAAUCGAACUCCCCACCCUUACUUCCAGCGUCCCAGCGAAGUGAUUGUUCCACCAACUCGGAUGUGCCCUGAGGGGCGGCAGGUGGUGUUUCUUAUUACCAUGGACGGUCGAGUCUAAGAUUUUUAUGAGUAGAUGUUUCUUUAUUCAUAUGGCUAUACAACUAGAGCAACUUGAGUUCCCUGAUUUUUUUUAAUGGGGGCAGUUGCACAAUUGUUUGUAGAAUCACAUUACAUACAAGAAAAGGUUAGAGUUACACCAUUUGUAAUGAAAUUUCAUGCUGGUUUCUAGUGGAAAGGGGAAAAGUGUCACUUUUUUUUUUUUAAUAUUUCAAUUAUAUAUGGCCAUAUGAUUAUUGAAUGUGUGUUUUU